CACACUUUUUGCAGCGCCACUAAAUACGUUCUAGCAGGUACAUAUUUCUACAGUUUUACGACACGAAAGUCCACUGGGGGCGCUAAAGAGAAGACCUCUGUGUGACACAUCGAUGACGGUCGACUCCACAUACAACACGAUUGAGCGUCAGAGAGAUGCCGGGAAACACACAGAAAUUGUGCCCCGGGUGCAACACCCUGAUAAGUGUUGCAUUCAAGACAUGCCCACUCUGCAAACAACUCCAGCCGUACAAAACAAAAGUUGCAAAAAAGAGAUGCAACUUUCAAAAUAAGAAGGCUGAAUGGAAGAAGUCAAUCGAGAAAAACAACAACAGGACAGUUGUACUUAAUAGCUGCCAUGUAAUGUUCAUUGUCAAAGACAGAAGAAGGCCACAAGUAGCACAGAAACUACUGACCCUCCAGAAGCUACUGCCACCAGCCCUCCAGAAGCUGCUGCCACCAACCCCCCAGAAGCUGCUGCCACCAGCCCCCCAGAAGCUGCUGCCACCAGCCCCCCAGAAGCUGCUGCCACCAACCCCCCAGAAGCCGCUCCCACCAGCCCCCCCAGAAGCUGCUGCCCCCAUUCCCCCAGAAGCUGCUGCCACCAGCCCCCCAGAAGCCGCUCCCACCUGUCCCCCAGAAGCUGCUGCCACCAACCCCCCAGAAGCCGCUCCCACCAGUCCCCCAGAAGCUGCUGCCCCCAUUCCCCCAGAAGCUGCUGCCACCAGCCCCCCAGAAGCCGCUCCCACCAGCCCCCAAGAAGCUACUGCCACCAGCCCUCCAGAAGCCACUGCCACCAGCCCCCCAGAAGCCACCAGCCCUCCAGAAGCCACUGCCACCAGCCCCCAAGAAGCCACCAGCCCUCCAGAAGCCACUGCCACCAGCCCCCAAGAAGCCACCAGCCCUCCAGAAGCCACUGCCACCAGCCCCCAAGAAGCCACCAGCCCUCCAGAAGCCACUGCCACCAGCCCCCAAGAAGCCACCAGCCCUCAAGAAGCCACUGCCACCAGCCCCCAAGAAGCCACCAGCCCUCCAGAAGCCACUGCCACCAGCCCCCCAGAAGCUACCGGUAUUGAUAUCACAGGCUCAUCAGAAGCCACAAGACCCCAGGCCCAGAAGGCCAAAAAUAGACCAAGAAAUGAAGUACACUAUCCAGUCCAACAGAUGGAAGCCAGCAAGAAAAAGAAAAAGUAUGAGUGUCCAGAAUGCUGUAGGAGAGUGAGCCAAAACAACUUUGAUUACUCCAAGGUUUUGAAAAAAAGAGUGAGAGAGGGAACAGAGGAGGUCCUCAUUCGUUGGGUUCCAUGCAAGACCUGAUCUGAAAGUGGUCGGGAUGUGAAUACAUUUCAGAAUGUAUAGUUAUUUGAACACAAAUUAUUCUUUCCUUUUUCAUAUACCUAUUUGAUACAAUUCUUACAUCAUGACAUAAUGAUCAUUUGUCAGUUACGAUUUUUCGACAAUGUAGGUUAUUGGAAUAUGCAUUUGUGUUGGGGCUUGGUUGGCAGCCAGAGAGAAUUCCCACAAAUCCUGCAAGAAGGUUUAUGAGGAGCAACUGGAGUUGGCUGUCUGCAGGCACGUUGAGCAGAGAACAUCACAAUGCUGCUGGUU